UUCAUAUACUUAGAUAAAUGACCCGAAAGAAAGUAUUGUAGUUAGUUAGUUCUAUCUUCUACUUCUUCCUGUGUUCUCUGUCACAGCGAGUUCAAUAAUCAUUCAUUCACUGAUAGAUUCAGAGUAGAGAUAGAUAUGGCUUAUUAUUACUUUGAUGAUAAGUCUCGACUAAAUUCCUUUCUUACCUUUUUCUUUCUAUUGGUAUUACUAUUUAUCAACCCUUCUUCAGUUCUCUCCAAGUCUCCUCGCCCGAUUACUGAUGUUGAGGUCAGGCAAAUUAAGAAUGAGUGCUAUGCUGAUAUAGAGAGUGGGCUGUGGGGUCAACAAUGCAAAACUUCGAUGACAGCAAAGGAGAAUUGCGCUUUGAAGUGUCUUUCUCCAAUUUGUUAUGAGCUUAUAUAUGAGAGUGAUCCGCUUGAAGAAGGAGAGAAAGAUUUCACAAGAAGUCAAGAGUACAAGUACUGUAUGUAUAAGAAAUCAAUGGGAGAGUCCCUCGAGGGUAUUAAGGGAGCCUUUGACAUGUAGUUGGAGAAAAUCCAUGUGAAGACCUGUGUUCGUGUGACAAGACACUAUCUUCCUCCCCUUCAAUCCUUUAAUUGGUGUUGCCAAAACAUAUUCCAGGUUACUUCUGUAAUGGAUAAUCCCACCACAACUCCUGUAUAAUUCUGCUCUUUUUCUAGUUUUUCAUGAUGGUUUAAUAGUUAUGUUUCUUAAAGUGCAUUACAGAAAUGCUUUCAACUUGAGGCAAUUUUGCUAUUCUAAAGAAGAUUAGCAGCCAACUGUAGAUGGGAGGCUAAUUUUUGUAAUUUAUCACUUCCAAGACCGAAAGGAGUAGCAAAAUUAUGAAAACAUUCUACUAAAUUCUGACAUAA